GACUAACGUCAACGUCAUUUCAUUGCAGGGAGCGUGACGUCAUAUCUCGUGCGGCCUGCUCACGUCAAUCAACACAACUUAUGCGAAAACAGUGCGGCACGUGCAUUUAAAUUGAUAACAAAACAGCACAUUUUGUCUAAUGUAAUGCUCGCUGUGGGUGAAUAAAUUAUAUCAAAAUCUGGGGGCGUUCGCUAAGUGAGUGAGGCCACUUUACGUGUGGUUGCGAUUGAGGUUUGUAUUUAUUUUUCUCGGGAGUUUCCGUGAGGGGACCCCGUCGCCUGGAUUUCGCCGCGGGAAGCCUAGACGAGGCCGCCGGCCGGUGGGAUCCGUGGAAGAUGCCCGAGAUAAAAGUGACUCCGCUUGGAGCCGGGCAAGAUGUGGGAAGGAGCUGCAUUCUCGUCUCCAUCAGGGGCAAGAAUAUCAUGCUCGACUGCGGCAUGCACAUGGGCUUCAACGACGACCGAAGGUUCCCCGACUUCUCGUACAUCACGCAGAACGGGCGGCUUACGGAUUUCCUCGACUGCGUCAUCAUCAGCCACUUCCACCUGGACCACUGUGGUGCCCUGCCAUACAUGUCGGAGAUGGUGGGCUACGACGGGCCCAUCUACAUGACCCACCCGACCAAGGCCAUCUGCCCCAUCCUGCUGGAGGACUAUCGCAAGAUCACGGUGGACAAGAAGGGCGAGACCAACUUCUUCACCUCGCAGAUGAUCAAAGACUGCAUGAAGAAGGUGGUGGCCGUCAACCUACACCAGAGCGUGCAGGUGGAUAACGAGCUGGAGAUCAAGGCGUACUACGCUGGACACGUCCUGGGAGCCGCCAUGUUUGAGAUGCGCGUGGGGCCCGAGUCGGUGGUUUACACGGGAGACUAUAACAUGACUCCAGACCGGCAUCUCGGCGCGGCGUGGAUCGACCGCUGCCGCCCGGACCUGCUCAUCAGCGAGUCGACGUACGCCACCACCAUCCGCGACUCCAAGCGCUGCCGCGAGAGAGACUUCCUGAAGAAAGUGCACGAUACCGUGGAGAAGGGCGGCAAGGUGCUGAUUCCGGUGUUUGCCCUCGGCAGAGCUCAGGAGCUGUGCAUCCUUCUGGAGACGUUCUGGGAGCGCAUGAACCUCAAGGCGCCCAUCUACUUCUCGACGGGCCUCACAGAGAAGGCCAACCACUACUACAAGCUCUUCAUCACCUGGACCAACCAGAAGAUCCGCAAGACCUUUGUGCAGCGCAACAUGUUCGAGUUCAAGCACAUCAAGGCCUUCGACCGCUCCUACGCCGACAACCCAGGCCCCAUGGUCGUGUUUGCGACACCCGGCAUGCUGCACGCGGGCCAGUCGCUGCACAUCUUCAAGAAGUGGGCGGGCAGCGAGAAGAACAUGGUGAUCAUGCCGGGCUACUGCGUGCAAGGAACCAUCGGCCACAAGAUCCUGAGCGGGCAGCGCAAGCUGGAGAUCGAGGGCCGACAGACGCUGGAGAUCAAGCUGCAGGUGGAGUACAUGUCGUUCAGCGCGCACGCCGACGCCAAGGGCAUCAUGCAGCUGGUGCGCAUGGCGGAGCCACGCAACGUACUGCUGGUGCACGGGGAGGCCAAGAAGAUGGAGUUCCUCAAGCAGAAGAUCGAGAUGGAGUUCGGGAUCUCGUGCUUCAUGCCGGCUAACGGGGAGACGUGCUCCCUGCCCACGUCGCCCAGCAUCCCCGUCGACAUCUCGCUCGGCCUGCUCAAGCGCGACGCCUCGCUCGGGGCACCGCCGGACCCCAAGAGGCCGCGCACGAUGCACGGUGCCCUCGUCAUGAAGGACGGCACGCUGCGGCUGCUGGCGCCCGAGCAGGCGAUGCGGGAGCUGGGGCUGAGCGAGCACGUGCUGCGCUUCACAUCCACGCUGCCGCUGCACGACUGUGGCGGCGCCAGCGAAGCGGACACCAUGCAGCGUCUCUACGGACACCUCAAGGGCAUCCUGAAGGAGCACGCGGUGCAGCAGCUGGCGGACGGCUCCGUCAUGGUCGAGUCGGUCCUCAUCAAGAGCAGCGGCGUGCAGGACGAGGCAGCGGCUCGGAGCAUGCUCGUGUCCUGGUCCUAUCAGGAUGAAGACUUAGGAAGCUAUCUCAUGACUCUUCUGAAGAAGGGGCUGCCUCCGAGCAUCGGAAUGUAACGCGAACGGUCCCAGCAGCAGCAACGGCGAUAAGACUCGUUAAAAAAAAGUCGAGAGGCAGGGAAAAAAACCUUGUCCCUCACGGCCUCCGCCGCCAGCAGUUGUCCCGGUGUGAACCUCCGAGGUGCGUGGCCGCACGCCUGCGACCCAUCGCCGUGGAAGCAAGGGGUUGGCGGCUCGCAGGAAGAUUUUUGGAGGUCCGUAAACCUGCAGGGGCUGCGGCCAAGAGGAGGCGGUAGCAGCAGCAAAUGGAGUCCUGAACGUGCUCAUAAGCAUCCCGGAUUCUCUCUGGUUUGCUUCCACUUGGAAAACAUUUCCUAAACAGAGGUUGUGUGCCGUCCUUCCAACCCGCGUUUGUUCUCGCGUUGAAUUUCAUAGUGACCUUACUCCCGGCCCCAUGACAUCACAUUCUCUUUUAAUGUCUUCACACAUGUUAUUUGCCUUGGUUGAAAAGGCUCACAAAUUUAAGACCAAAAAUGUCACCGAGAAUCAUCGUAACCUCACGGUUAUGCGCAGACGGGAGAGCGGCAAUGCAUUCACGCUUUCAACCGCGUGGAAGACUCUGGAAAGUUAAGAGCCACAAGACUCUUUAGAGGCUUUCCGGGAUAAACGACGUGGCUCAUUUUUGAAAACAUAAAUUCCAAAAUUAAACCAGUGCCAUCUCACCAACUCCAUCAUUCCAGUUUGACCAAAGUGUUCCCUGUUCCGCACGCGAGCGUUUCGCGCACUGCGUGGCAUUUGUUGUUGGGAGUUUCCCCGCAAAACGUGGUUGUGAAAUCGGACGUGUGCCGGUGGGCGACGUGAAAAUAUCGCCACGCGCAGCUCGUGAGCAGAAUAAAGGAAUCUCAAAAGGC